AUGGACAAAGAUUGGGUAUUUCUCGCUCGAGAAAGUGAUGGAUAUAUUUCUGGUGUACGUGCAUUUAUCAGUCGCUCGCAAAGUAUCUCCCCUAUUCCUGGUAAAAUCUUUUGUCCCUGUAAAGAGUGUAAAAACCGGUGGAGACAGAGUUUGAAAAAUGUGGAGGAUCAUAUACGCUGCCUAGGCAUGUGGAAUGACUACGUAAAUGUUCCUUGGACCUCACACGGUGAGGAAUUGCCCAUAUUAAAUGAAGAUGCAACACCUCCAUCAUCCCCACAAGAAGUUGUGCCCGACCAUGGCAUGGCUGAUAUGUUGCAAGAUGCAUUUGGGUUUCAUGAUCAUAUGGAGGAGGAUAGUGGAGGUCAUCAAGACUCUACUCCAUCUAUUGAUGCCCUUAAAUUCUACAAGUUACUAGAUGCUGCAGAUACUGAUCUUUUCCUUGGAGCACGAAUAAAGAAGCUUGAGUUUUUAGUGAGGUUAUAUAAGAUCAAGUGCUUGCACUCAAUGAGUGAUGUAGCGUUUUCUAAAAUCCUGGAUGUGUUGAGAGAUACAUUUCCUACGAGUACAACUCUCCCGACGAGUUUUUACAAGACUAAAAAAAUCAUGAAGGACAUUGGGUUGUCAUAUACCAAAAUUGAUGCAUGUCCUAAUGAUUGUAUGUUGUAUUGGAAAGACCGUAUCAAUGAUGAUAGUUGUGAUAUAUGCCAUACCAGCAGAUGGAAAAAGAAGAAAAGAGGCAAUGUUGACGAUGGAAAACCAAAAGCACGUAAGGUCUUACGUUAUUUUCCAUUAGCUCCGAGAUUGCAGCGUUUAUAUGUGUCUCGCCAUACUGCAGAGUCUAUGUCUUGGCAUUCAACAUUACGGACUAAAGAUGGAGUGUUUCGACAUCCUGCCGAUGCUCCAGCUUGGGCACAUUUGGAUGAAAAGUACCCUGAUUUUGGUAACGAGUGCCGUAAUGUCCGCUUGGGGCUGGCUAGUGAUGGUUUUAAUCCUUUUGGAAUGAUGAACUCUUCACGUAGUACAUGGCCUGUUGUGAUGUCUGUCUAUAAUCUACCUCCUUGGUUAUGCAUGAAACAACCAUACAUGUUCUUGUCAUUACUUAUACCAGGGCCAAAAGGACCAGGUAAAAGUAUUGAUGUUUAUUUACAACCAUUAGUGGAAGAACUGAAGAUGUUGUGGAAUCAAGGAGUAGAAACAUAUGAUGCAUUCAAGAAAGAGACCUUUACCAUGCGAGCUGCGGUAUUAUGGACGAUUAAUGAUUUUCCCGCAUAUGCAAUGUUAUCUGGUUACAGUACAUCAGGGAAGAAAGCUUGUCCGGUGUGUUGUGAAGAUACAGUGUCUGAGAGGCUCAAGAAAUGUAAAAAGCAAUGUUACUUGGGACAUCGUCGGUGGUUGGAUGCUGGUCAUAGGUACCGUGGAUGGAAGAAUAAUUUCAAUGGUGAUGUUGAAAGAAGGUAUGCCCCAAGGCGCAAGACAGGUUUCGAGGUUCUGAGAGCAACACAUGGUUUGACCUUUCAAUUUGGCAACCAGAAAAAGAAGAAAACUCGUCGAAAACGUAAGCGACCGUCUGAAGGACCCCCUGAGAAGGACUUUGGUAACUGGAAAAAGAAGAGCAUAUUGUUUGAAUUACCUUACUGGGAGCAUAAUUUGUUGCCUCACUGUAUAGACCCCAUGCAUACUGAAAAAAAUUUCUUUGAUAAUCUUUUUGGCACCUUGCUUGGGGUAGAAGGAAAAAAUAAGGAUAGUAAAAAUGCUCGGGACGACAUGGUUGAUCUCGAUGUCAAGCAUGAUCUACAUCCUGUGAAAGAAGGUGACAAGAUAAGGUAUCCUGCUGGAAGCUUUAAUCUAUUAAAAGAGGAGAAAAAAAUGAUAUAUGAAGUCAUGGCAGAUUAUCGACCACCAGAUGGAUGGUCCUCCAAUAUCAGCAGUUGUGUUAGACUUGAAGAAAGAAAGCUAAUUGGGUUGAAGAGUCAUGAUUGCCAUAUUUUGAUGCAAUAUAUACUACCAAUUGCCAUUCGUCGGCCUAUUAAGUGUAAGAAACUUAUUACAGUCCUACUACAAUUGAGUGGAUUUUUCAGACAGUUAUGCACAAAGGUUGGCUCCAAAGCCUUUUUUGAAGAAUUAUCUCGGAAGAUUGCCUUAACUUUAUGUGACUUGGAGAGUAUCAUGCCACCCUCAUUCUUUGACAUAAUGGAGCACCUACCGAUUCAUUUGGCCGAAGAAGCUGCAAUAGGUGAUCCUGUUCAAUAUAGAUGGAUGUAUCCUAUCGAAAGGUACUUGCACACUCUGAAGGAGUACAUGCGCAAUAAAGCUCAUCCUGAAGCAAGCAUUGCUGAAGGAUACAUAAUAGAUGAAUGUCUCUCCUUCUGUACUAUGUACUUAUCAGGUGAUACUGAAUCAGAACGAAUUCGACAAUCUCGUAAUGGUGAUGACCCUCAUAACAUUGUCAGAUCUGGAUUGCCAUUAUUCGUUACAAAGGGAAGAGCUUUAGAAUAUGGUAAAAAGUUUACAUUGACUGAUGAGCAGAAACAUCGAGCUCAUACACAUGUGCUACUCAAUUGUCCAGAAAUUGACCACCACUUGAAGGAACAUGUGGAUAUAGAGAAAAGGAGAAGAGGUAGACGAUGUUCUAUACAAGAGGCUGAGAGACUAGCAAAUUUAUCCUUCUCCAACUAUUUUAAGAGCAAGAUAAGAGAAAAUAUUGAUGAAGGUGAUGUAACAACUGAUCCUGACAUUCGUGCUUUGGCCGAAGGACCGAGCAAUGUUGCCAAACGUUACAAAAAGUAUGUCAUUAAUGGUUGCCGUUUUCAUGUGAAGUCAGUUGACACCGGUUCUACAUAUCAAAAUAGUGGUAUUUAUGUCAAAGCUGAAAGUAAUUGUUAUGCGACUGCCAAUGACCGGCAACCAAGAAAUGAGAUGCUCGACUACUACGGUGUAUUGACAGAUAUCAUCGAAUUGGACUAUCACAAUGGCAGGAGAGUUUUGUUGUUUGAGGGGGAUUGGAUUGAUAGUCGAGCCACUAAUCGGGGAUUGAAAAAGGAUGAGUUUGGCUUCAUUUUGGUAAAUUUUAGUUAUCUGCUUCCACCAGCUGAUACCUUCAUUUUCGCUUCUCAGGCAGAACAAGUUUUUUACAUAAAAGAUCUGAUUGAACCUCAUUGGGAGGUUGUUGUGAAGGCUAAACCAAGAGACUUUUUUGAUAUGGGGGCCGAUCUUGAUCCAGAACCAUACGCGCCUCAACAACUUGCUGAUGGAGUGAAUGCCGAAGACAAUGGGAUGAUAUCCCGAUUCGACAUCUCCGGAGUUAAUCUCGAUUAG